AUGCCAGGAAAGGCAAGUUUCACUCCCAUAAUCUACCAUCCUUCAACUAACAAUAUGAAGAUCGCAACGCCAGAGGAGUACCGUGCAGCUCGUCUCGCACUUCUCGCCAAGGAAAAAGAACACGCCAAAGCGGCCGAUGCAAUUCACGCAGAACGCCGCGCACUCCCCAUUGUUCCCGUAACAAAGGACUACACUUUCCAAACCCCCGAUGGCCCAGCCAAGCUGAAGGACCUUUUCAAGGGCAAAUCCCAGCUCAUCGUCUACCACUACAUGUUCGAACCCACAGCCGACGAAGGCUGCCAGGGUUGUGGCUUUAUGGCUGCAAACCUGCCCAACUUGCGACAACUGGCUCAGAAAGACACCACUGUUGCACUCAUCUCCCGCGCUCCAAUCGACAAGAUCACUGCGUUCAAGGAGAAGAACUUUUGGGACUUUCAGUGGGUUAGCAGUUAUGGAAGCGACUUCAAUUACGAUUACCACGUUACCCUGGACGAAAAGGUCGCCCCAGUGGAAUAUGGCUUCAGGACCAAGGCGGAACUUGAAGCUGCCGGGCAGGGAUACUGCACAAGCGGAGAGCAGCCAGGAUUGAGUGUUUUCAAAUUGGAGGAUGGUCAGGUGUAUCAUACGUAUUCUUCCUAUUUUCGGAUUAAUGAGCUUACUGGUACGGUUGCGUGGCUUGAUAUGACGCCAGCUGGGAGACAGGAGGGACCAGAAGGGCCAGCUGAGUUUAAAUUGCCAUAUGAAUAUGCCGAAGAGGAGAAGAAAAGUGGUAAUUAG